CCGACACGUCUGAACAUUGGUCGCGUUUGCACUCCACAUCCGCCAGGACGACAUGCGAUAGCAUUGGCUUGGAAAAGACCGCCAGGUCUCCGCAUACACUGCACAGCCAGCGAGCACUACCACCACCAUGUCGGACGAGCAUUCGCCAGAAGACCUGCGGCGGCAUAGCGCUGCCUAUCGCCGCCGCGAGUCGAACAUCAGCGAGGCCAGCUUCUUGGACGAUGUCGAGAUGGCCCAGGACGAGAUCUUCUCCGGGCCCAUGUCGGAGAGUGUCCCCACCGCCUCAUCAUCUUUCUUCCACCGCCGAUCAAGAGCCAACUCGGUCACGAGCUUCACAUAUUACGAGGAAGAGCGCGAUUUUGAUUCAGAAGAGCUGCCCGAAGAUGCCAUCUACGAAGAAGAAGACGCGAUGGAGAAUGGAGAGCUCAGCGGGGAGAGCACGUUCAUUGAGCCUGAGAUGAAUGGAGACUAUGACGAGACUCCUGAAAGUGGCUCCAUCGCGUCGAGGAAAAGGAACGGCAGUCGAGGCUCGUCUCACUCGAAGAGAUCGCGUCGAUCUACGGACUCUAACAGACACUCUGUUCAGAGCCCUCUUCUUCGGAGGAACCACUCUGAAGAUUCGCAAACGAGCGGCUUCCGCGUUGGUGGUAGGGUUAGCCAGAAAAUAUACAUUGUGACCGAGGACAUGACAAUCGUGGUUACUGGCUUCAAGACCUCGAACUUUGGCUUUUCGGCAUAUCUUGCGUUAUGUAUAUGCACGUUAGGACUGGCAUACCUCAUCCUUAGAUGGCUUCCGCGAUGGCACGUGAAGUUGAUCGGGAAAAGCACGCCUCUUGGAGAUGCGGACUGGGUUGUCAUUGAGAAUCAGUGGGGAGAGAUGGCGAUUCAGAAUUUGAGCAAGCAGGAGUUUGGUCAGAGCUUGUCGUCCGUAUUCGGCGUGAGCAAAGCAAAAUGGCAGGACUACGACGAGUAUGACGAUCCUAUUCUGGACGAACUUCGAAUUCUGGAUUAUCGAUAUAUCCGCUUCUGCUACCAUCCCACCAAGGACAAGUUUGUACUCGGUAACACGUGGAAAGAUCCCGCCUGGACUGAUAUCCUGGCUGUGCGCCAGGGCAUUGAUGGCGAAGAACAAGAAGUUCGCGAGCGUAUCUUUGGCAAGAAUGCAAUUGAUCUCGAACAGAAGAGCACUGGUCAACUACUCAUGGACGAGGCCUUUCACCCGUUCUACGUCUUUCAGAUCGCCAGUAUCAUCCUCUGGUCCGCAGACGAGUACUACUACUAUGCUGCAUGUAUCUUUGUCAUUUCUGUCGUCAGUGUUACAACGACCCUGAUCGAAACGAAGGCGACAAUGAAGCGUCUGCGAGAUAUCGCGAAAUUCGAAUGCGAUAUACGUGUUCUGCGAGGUGGCUUCUGGCGAUAUGUCGACUCAAGCGAACUGGUUCCUGGUGAUGUCUACGAAGUCACGGACCCUAACCUUGGCCAAUUCCCUUGCGACAGUAUUCUGCUCUCAGGAGAUUGCAUUGUCAAUGAGAGCAUGCUGACUGGCGAGUCCGUGCCCGUGUCCAAAACACCCGGCACUGAUGACACUCUUGAGAUGCUGAACCUCUCUGCUUCCGCUAUCCACGCCGAUGUUGCAAAGCACAUGCUGUUUAGCGGCACGAAAAUCAUCCGGGCGCGAAGACCGCAAGACGACAAAAGCGACGAGGCUGCAGCACUUGCACUUGUCGUUAGAACUGGUUUCAAUACUACCAAAGGAGCGCUUGUCCGUUCCAUGCUCUUCCCAAAGCCGUCUGGGUUCAAGUUCUACCGCGACUCCUUCAGAUACAUCUCUGUCAUGGGCAUGAUCGCUGCAGUUGGCUUCAUCGCAUCCUUCGUCAACUUCAUUCGCCUAGGUCUGGAAUGGCAUUUGAUCGUCGUACGCGCCCUCGAUCUCAUCACCAUCGUCGUACCUCCUGCUCUGCCAGCUACGCUUACCAUCGGAACUAAUUUCGCAUUGAGUCGCCUGAAGAGCAAGAACAUCUUCUGUAUCAGCCCUCAGCGAGUCAACGUUGGAGGCAAGAUUGAUGUCAUGGCCUUUGACAAGACGGGCACAUUGACAGAAGACGGGUUAGAUGUGCUGGGUGUGCGCGUCGUCUCGAGACCAGCUAAUCGCUUCUCGGAUUUGCUCACUGAUUCAUCAACACUGCUCCCUGGCGCAGUUUAUGAACGCGACCCGACAGCAGACUAUAACGCAAACAAGGCAAUUCUCUAUACCAUGGCCACAUGUCACUCUCUGCGGAUCGUGGAUGAUGAAUUCAUUGGUGACCCUCUCGACUUGAAGAUGUUUGACUGGACAUCGUGGCAGUAUGAAGAAGGUGUGGAAGGCGGAGGCGCUGGUGAUGAUGAAGAAGAGCUCUCGCUCACGCCUUCCGUCGCUCGACCGCCACCAGGCAUGGAAUUCGAUCUGGACGAGGAACAAGGGACUCCAAACAGCAGGCGAGCAAUUGAGCUUGGUGUUCUCCGUUCGUUUGAGUUCGUCUCGCAGCUGCGUCGCGCUUCUGUCGUGGUCAGGCAAUUCGGCGAAAAGAGUGGAGAUGUGUUCGUUAAGGGUGCCCCAGAGGCCAUGAAGGCCAUAUGCAAGCCAGAGAGCUUCCCUGCCGACUACGAUGACUUGCUGAACUACUACACCCACCGCGGCUACCGUGUCAUUGCUUGCGCCACGAAGCACAUCUUCAAGCUUAAUUGGCUGAAGUUGCAAAAGAUGAAGCGAGAAGAUGUAGAGUCUGGACUGGACUUCGCGGGCUUCAUCAUCUUUGAAAACAAGCUCAAGGAGACCACUACAGACAUCAUUACCGAGCUACGUGAAGCCAACAUUCGCACAGUCAUGUGCACAGGUGACAACAUCUUGACAGCCAUCAGUGUUGCAAGAGAGUGUGGCGUCAUUGACAAGUCGGCCCACUGCUUUGUGCCUCACUUUGUCGAGGGUGACGCUCAUACCGCUCUCUCCAAGCUUGCCUGGGAAUCGGUGGACAACCCUGUCUACCAGCUCGACGAGAAUACACUCAGACCAUUGCCUCCGCCUGCCGAGCACGAUUCCUCUCUGCCUUAUGACGUGUCCAAUCUACGCAACUAUUCGGUGGCAGUCACUGGCGAUGUCUUCCGCUGGAUCGUGGACUUCGCAUCUCCAAAGGUCCUGAAAGAAAUGCUGGUCAUUGGCCAAGUCUUCGCACGAAUGUCGCCCGACGAGAAGCACGAGCUGAUCGAAAAGCUGCAAAGCAUCGACUACUGCGCUGGCUUCUGCGGUGACGGCGCCAACGACUGCGGAGCACUCAAAGCUGCCGACGUCGGCAUCUCCCUCUCCGAAGCAGAAGCGUCCGUUGCAGCGCCAUUCACGAGCCGCAUUUUCGACAUUUCUUGUGUCCCAGAAGUCAUUCGCGAAGGUCGUGCCGCACUCGUCACCUCUUUCAGCUGCUUCAAGUACAUGUCCCUCUAUUCGGCCAUUCAGUUCACCUCAGUCAGCUUCCUCUACGCCACAGCUUCCAACCUCGGCGACUUCCAGUUCCUCUACAUCGAUCUCCUUCUCAUCUUGCCCAUUGCAAUCUUCAUGGGCUGGACAGGACCCUACCCUUCACUCUCACGCAAACGCCCAACAGCCUCCCUGGUCUCUCGCAAAGUCCUCACCCCUCUCAUCGGUCAAAUCAUCAUCACGAUACUCUUCCAAUUCGUCGGCUGGUUCUUCGUCCGCAAACAACCCUGGUACCAGCCUCCCGUCUUGGACACCGAGCAUUCCAAUUCCAAGAACUCGGAAAACACAACGCUCUUCCUCCUCUCCUGCUACCAAUACAUCCUAUCUGCCAUCGUGCUCUCGAUCGGCAAACCUUUCCGGCAGUCAAUGCGACAUAAUUUACCCUUUGUCGUCACCAUGGGCGUCGCAUUGGGCAUUUCAUCGUACAUGCUUUUCGACCCAGCGCCUUGGGUCGAGAAUGUCAUGGAGUUGACGUGGAUGAGCAACAAGUUCAGAGUGUUCAUUUUAGUUCUUGGCAUUGGCGCUUUUGCGACGAGUUAUUUGUGUGAAAGGCAUGUGUUCCCGACUUUUGCGAGGGUCAUCGGGAAGCUGAAGGAGAGAUUUGGGGAAAAGAAGAAGAGAAAGGAGUAUAAGAUCAUUGCAGAGGGGAUGAGGAUUUGAUAGUAGCAGCGCUAUGUCGGUGCCGGAAACACGAGAGUCGAAGCGGUGAAUGAAAUAUAUGUAUGGUGUACUUGUAGAUUUCCCUUUUAUGCACACAUGUCGGUGGGAAAUGCUAGAUAAGUCGCGGGAGACGCGGAGCAACAGAACUGUAUAAGGAAAUGCAUCAUGGCGGCAUCUGAGAAAAUAAGAAC